AUGGAUGCUGCAGAAGACCGGGACUUGAAGCUCCAGCGGGCUUCUAGUGAUCUGGUGACAGAGUUCUCCGCCAAGCUGCCAACGCUGCUUUGGAGGUCUCAACCUGGAACCCCUCUCCGUACCCCACGCAAAUGGGUACAAGUGUCCAAGACAGAGAAGCUCGUCGCACUUCUCGAGCCUUUUCAAGAGUGGCCUCAGCUCCUGGAUCCGCAUCUGCAGAAGCUGCUGCCAACAUUGGUGGAUGCGUUCCUCGCGUAUUUAGUGAAGCAUCGCGGGCAGUAUGGCGUUCAGCCCACAAAAGGUUCACAGAAUGGUGCUCUCUAUCCUAUUCCGAGAGCUAUUUGCAGAUUGCUUUACACUUUCUGCAAAGUCCGUGGCGUCAAAGUCAUCAGUCGAUUCUUGAAUAAUGAGCCCAAAUACCUGGAGUUAAUGCUGCGGGCUUUCGUUGAAUGGGAUGCUCUAGGUCAGAAAGACUCUAUCGAGGAUAUUACAGGCCCCGAGCUACAGAGAAUGCAAUGGGAAGAGCGGUAUGUUAUGUUAGUCUGGCUGUCGCAUCUUCUCCUGGCCCCGUUUGACUUGGCCUCAUUGUCAUCUGAUGAUAUCCCUGUCCCCUAUGACAACCUGAAACAGCUGGGUGAGAUUUCUUCUCAAACACCGAUGGUUGCGAAAUCGCUGCUUUCGCUGGCUCUUCAUUAUAUCAACGCUUCUGGUAAGGAGCGCGAGGCAGCUACCGCUCUUCUUUCACGACUCGUCUUGCGUGGAGACAUGCAAGCGCUUGGUCUUCUAACGGGUCUGACGAGUUGGGCCUUUGCUAAGGCCAAUCCUGUCGAGGGCACGGAAAUGCCUACUGUCUACUCGUGCAUUGGGAUUCUUUCGUUCAUCGCUCGCCUGGCGGGGUCCGGCCAUGUCGAAGAUUUUGCUCCCUUGCUGAAAAAUGUGUUUGAUCAAACUCUACAUAUCGUGCAAGGUAACUCGGAGGUAUCUGCAACCAUGCAAUCCUCUGCACUGGCUAGAAAAACUGUUGUCAAGAUCCUUCGCAAUAUCACAGUCAUGGCUUUGUCUCUGAGUGAGAGAGAAGACAGUUGCAUCACCGACGACCAGCUGUCAAGCAUCCUGGAAGAAGCAAUUGACCAUUUUCUGGUUGCUCUGGCAGAUAAGGACACCCCGGUGCGGUUUGCUGCCAGUAAGGCACUCAGCGUUAUCACCUUUAAGCUUGACCCGGAGAUGGGUGCGGAGAUUAUUGAGGCAGUCAUUAGCUCAUUGGGGGAGAACAUACUUUUUGAAAAAGACGACGGCACUUUGAUAACGCCGUUUGAAGCACGGAAUGCUGGCAUUCGGUUGCUCAAACGUAAUUUAAGCGCCGUUGAUGCCCAGCGGUGGCAGGGUCUGAUGCUCACGCUCUCCCAUUUGCUGUUUCGUCGCGCACCCCCAACUCAGCAAUUGCCUGACAUUCUUCAAUCACUGGUCUCAGGCCUUGAUUUUGAGCAGAGAUCAUCGACUGGUAGUUCUGUGGGAACGGGCGUUCGGGACGCUGCAUGCUUCGGCAUCUGGGCUUUGUCUCGAAAAUAUGCAACCGCAGAACUGCAAGCCUUGCAGCGCCAGACUAUCCCUGCGAUAUCUGGAAUUGCCGAGGUCGAUGUCUUACAGAAGCUUGCCGUCGAACUUGUCUGCUCAGCCUGCGUUGACCCGUCAGGAAAUAUUCGCCGCGGAGCCUCUGCAGCUCUGCAGGAGCUGAUUGGUCGUCACCCCAAUAUUAUCACUGAAGGAAUCCCUCUUGUUCAGGUCGUGGAUUAUCAUGCGGUUGCGCGGCGGUCCCGUGCAAUGAUUGAGGUGGCCAAGGCUACCGCUUCUCUGGACCCAGUGUAUUGGAGCCCGUUGAUAGAAGCCCUCAUCCAAUGGCGGGGCAUUGGCUCUCCAGAUGCCGAGUCUAGGAGACAAGCAGCACGGGCCAUUGGUGUUCUGAGCACGCAGCAGAAUUUCAAGACUAUCAAAGUGGUACUGGAAAGAUUGCUGCGCAAGCUCCCUCGUAUACCUCGAAGUGAUGUCGAGUCACGACACGGGUGCUUCCUGUCAAUUGCUGCCACAAUAGAUGCUUACACUCAUGAGUGGGAAGUCUCAACAGAAGCGCGAGAUACUCUGGAGGCAAAGGAGGUUUUAUCCCAGAUCGCCAAGUUGUGGGAUAUGUUCGAAUCGCCAUCAAGUCCCACCGAUAGGGACUUGACUUCGCAAAAUUCUCGUCCGGAGUUGACCUCGGAGGCAUCUGCUUGUUUGAUUUCGUCUCUCUCUCGUUCGACCAGAACUGUGGGAUUAUCUCCUCCCUUGGAGACAUUGCUCGACCGUGUACUCCAUAUCCUUUCGCUCUGUGUCUCUCGAAGUGAUGAUAUAUCCAUCGAAAGCUCAUCCACGGCCCUGUCCACGUUGUUCCCACUUCUAUCGCUAGCGAAACAGCGAGCAACUGUGGAGACCUGGAUUUCUCAUUUGCACACCUCGUCAAAGCUACCUAGUGGUCGUGGUCAAAUUCUAGCUCUUGGGGCGGUCUACAAGCAGCUUGAGAGGCAAAAGACCCUGCAAGAAGGCAUCGUAACGGAAUUGCUUCGCUGCGCAGGAAAGGAAGAGCUCAUUGAGAAACGAGUGGCUGCUGUGAAAUGCUUGUCAACGAGCAUUUUGCCAUACACUGCCGCGGUGGAUACGAUUGCUAAUAGCGUGCUCAACUUCCUCAACGAUUAUACCACGGAUAGACGAGGUGAUAUCGGAUCCCUUAUUCGUGUGGAAGCAGUACAGGCCGCCAGUAUCCUGUUGAAGCCAGAUUCGCACCUGCCACCAAGCUCGCCAGUCGUGCGAAGCCUGCUUGGUUGUCUUUGCCGCUUAGCAUCCGAGAAACUCGACAAGGUCAGGUUGCAAGCUUGGAUUUGUUUGCAAGUCUACUGGGAAUCCAUGCCGGUAGACUUCCCUCCGAUGCAAAGUAAAUAUGAGCACUUCAGCAAUGUAUCCUCACAAGGGUACUUUGAUCAACUACUCACUCUGUACUCCAUCGAGUGGCUGCGCCAACCAUUGCUACAGGGUCUAGCGACCUCGGCAACUGCAGGUGCCGAAGGUCUUGUGCGCUCAUCACGUUCAGCUCUAAUUCAGUUCCUCAACGCACGAGAACCUCCUCAGCGCCAGGCAGUCCUGAUCGAAAUCUUGCAGGACCUAUCGGCUGUUCUCAGUGCCAAUCUUCCCGAUGAUCGCUACGCGAUCCCAGUCAUCGACCUUGUGGCGUUCCUGAUAGACAGUUUUGUAGUUCCCAACCAAGGAGACUCGGACCCUACUUUCCGGAAAGUAUUCGCCUUGGUGCAAACGGCCCAUUUCCGUUCAUCUAGCAUCCAACGUUUGGAAUCUGCCGUUAAGGUCUAUGCAGCAUUGUCGAGGCUGGACUCAUUGCGAAAUGAUAUAUUGAAGAAGAUGACCGGGCUGCUCCUCCAUCCGUUCCCAAGGGUCCGAGCAAGUGCCGCAGAUUAUCUGUACGUUGUACUCGAGUCGGAGACGGUCAAGUAUGAGGACUGGUCCGCGCAGCCAAAGGAAUUGAAGGUGAAGGUGGAGGAGCUGAGGGGGGUUGUGGUGCCGACAACUUAG